CGACGAGCUCUCCAGCAGUGUGUACUCUGUACCAGGUUCUUCUAUCGUGCCAGCCCGUCUUCGUGCUAGUCGUCUCUCCAACACCUCAUCAGCGGCCACCGCCACUCAAAGUGGGUGAUUUUUUCAUCUAAUUCUUGCACGCAAAAGAAGCGAACGAAAAAACGCGAUAAGAUAUUCUCGCGGGGGAUUUGAGUUGUUUUUGCGAAAAUGUAAAAGAUUCCAGGGGGCAAGGAUUUGUGGACGCAUGAACCAGGAGGUGGCACUCUGGGGAACUAUCCGGAACCGGAACAUAUGGAACGACCACAGAGGACAGAGGUUGCUACGACGGUGAAAUAGUUUAGUUUUGCACUUGACCCACCAAAUUCCAAACAAGUAUUUAGCAUGUGUUCGAAAACGGAAACUCCCACAAGUCAGUUGUAACAGACCAGUUUUACAUUCCACACGAAACCACGCAAUUUCCAGUGCACUUAAGGAUUAAAUUGUAGAAAUCCCAGACCCGACAUCAUAUCACUUAGUGAGAGAGAUACAAAGAAAUACUAUGACCAACAUCAAGUAUGAACGCGUCAAGCAAACGGUCGACCACGAGCCCCAAAAUGAGGAAAUCGAACUGGAAGGUGAGACUCAAAUGCGCCGCCCAAAAGGCGGAGCAGGCCACCUUCAGUACGCAGUUUCAACGGCAACCGUGGCAGCUGGUCGGAGUAGUGGCGGACCCAGCACCCACCUCAAGAAGAAGAGCUUCACCAACACGAUCGUCGUGACGCUGCUGCUGAUCCUGUGCUACUUUACGCUCUCGAUCGGGCUGACCUUCUACCAGCGGCUGCUGCUGCAAAAGUUCAAGUUCCCACUGAUGGUGGUGGUGUACCACCUGUGCAUCAAGCUAGUCCUGUCCGGGGUGGUGCGAGCGGUGAUGCGGUGCGCCACCAAGCGGAAACGCAUCCAGCUGGACUGGCGAACCUCGCUGCGGAAGAUCCUGCCCACCGGACUGGCCAGCGGCAUCGACAUUGGCUUCUCCAACUGGGGACUCGAGCUGGUGCAGAUCUCACUGUACACAAUGACCAAGUCAACCACGAUCGUCUUCAUUCUGAUCUUUGCCAUUUUGUUGAAGCUGGAGAAGAAGAGCUGGUCCCUGGGAGCGAUCGUGAUCAUGAUCUCCGGUGGUCUGUUUCUCUUCACGUACAAGUCGACCCACUUUGACGCGCUCGGGUUCUCCUUUCUGCUGUUUGCGUCGCUGUCCAGCGGCAUCCGGUGGUCCUUUGCCCAGCUGAUCAUGCAGAAGAGCAAACUGGGCCUGCACAAUCCGAUCGACAUGAUCUACCACAUGCAGCCGUGGAUGAUCGUGGCGGUGCUGCCGUUCACGAUCGGGUUCGAAGGCAAGCGGAUCUUCGAAGGGCUGGACACGCUCCGGCAGACGGACAGCUCCGUCGUGCUGGACAUGUGGCUGCGGAUCUCGGUGGGAGCGUUCAUCGCGUUUGCCAUGGAGGUGAGCGAGUUUCUGGUGCUGUGCAGCACCUCCAGCUUGACGCUGUCGGUGGCCGGAAUAUUCAAGGAAAUCUGCCAGCUGGUCUUGGCGGUGGAGCUGAACGGUGACCAGCUCAGCCUGACCAACGUGCUCGGACUAGUCAUGUGCCUCGGAGGCAUCUGCUGCCACGUGGUGCACAAGUUCUGGACCUACUCGGACAGCAGCUCGUCCACGGCGAUCGCCGCCGACGGUUCUUCGACGCGCUUCGACGAUUACGACGACGACGACGAGGACGGAGUAGCGAAUCCCCACCCCAACGGCACCGCUGGAACCGUGCCCAAGUACAACGCCAAAUUUGAUCUGACCACCACGGCGCGGUUCAAAUCCGGCGCAGGAGCCCAGCACCGGCCGCUGCUACUGGUCAACGAAAAUCGAGACGCCGAAGACUCGGACCACCUGGUGGUGAACAACCGAAACUACCUGUCGGAUGACAGCGAGCACGAGGGCGGGGAUCACGACACGCAGGACGUGCUGUUUGACAUUUUGAAACGACGCGAACGAUAGGUUUUUGGAGGUUAGGUUUCCGCCAACGCAAAAUGAAUUUUACUAUAUUUAUUAACUGUGUACGCUUAUCGACAUCACUCCCAGAAGGUGCCCUUUGCGCCGGGAUGAGAACUGAACUUCAAAAUUCCAUCUGUUGUUUAGUUGAAAUGUAUAUUUUUACAUUAGUUUAUUUUUUAACCUACUUAGAAGUAAUAAAACAACAAGCGCAUUGUACAUUCUAUUAUUCCUAAUGGUUUUAAACUAGCAGUGAUAAUUUUAAACUAUUUUAAUUAUUUUCUGUAAGCGUAAACAUAACUUUUCGUUACAAAAAAAAGUCUUAAACAUCUAUAUUCGAAAAAUCUUACUAGAAGGUUACCGCGCACUAACACUAAAUGAAUGCACUCACACACACAAAUAAAUUUUUCCUGUAGUAUUGUAAAACAACCUAAAUCUUCACGAAGCAGAGAAAGGCCAUUCAUUGUUAGACGAAUCGAUAUACACCUUAAUGAGGGUACCUAAUUAUACACACACAUGCAAACUGACGCGCAUACACACACACACACACAUUGAUGGAUAGUGUAAUUUGGAAACAUGAAAAAGUGAGUAAACCCGUGAUAAAAUACUUAAGUUCAAAACAUUGUACGUUGUAUACAACACUCUCGCAAAUCUGUUGCGUAAACGGAAAGAAAAUACACAAAAAAAUAAACACACUUUUUACGUUAUGGAUGUAUGUAUUGAAAAGAAAACAAAAA